GAGUCGCACACCGCUGCUGCACUGCGUGCGAGUUAUUUAUUUAUUUUUUGUGAUAAUCCAUUAUUAAAUCAAUCGUUAUUACUUGUAUUACCGUGAAUAUUGCGACUUUUCUCCGUGGUACUUGCCAUUAACAUGUCCACGGAUGCGGCCAAAGGCUCCAAGAGCACAACUUCCUCGCUCAUAACCAAACCGGCCAACCUCGAAUGCAAGAACCUAGAGGAGUACCUCAAAUCUCGCCCGCCGGAUGCCCUGGAAAAGCUGUACAACUAUCCGGCAAUUUGCCUGGCCGUGUACCGGGAGUUGCCGGAAAUCGCCCGUCAAUUCGUGAUACGCAUAUUGUUUGUCGAGCAAGCCAUUCCUCAGGCUGUGGUGUCUUCCUGGGGAUCACAGGUGUAUGCCAAGGAAAAUGUCCUUGUUUCACGCGUGCUGACCGAGUUGGGUGUGUGGCGUAGCGCGGGAUUGACUGGCGGGCUGGAAGCAUGGGAAAUAUGCCCCACAUUCAAGAAGAAUUUGAAGAUUGCCUUGCUGGGUGGUGGCCGCCCGUGGUCCAUGUCCAAUGCGUUGGAUCCGGACCAGAAGUCUAGGGAUAUUGAGUUUCUGGAUGCCUAUGCCAUGUCGCGAUGGCGCUGUGUGCUGCACUAUAUGGUGGGUGCCGGAAGUUCCAAAGGAAUGGAAGGUGAAGGAAUAUCACCGGAUGCCGUUAGGAUUCUUCUCCACGCGAACCUUAUGAAGCGGGAUGAAUCAGACGGAAGUCCGGUAAUUACGCGUCAGGGUUUCCAAUUUCUGCUGCUCGAUACGCAAGCUCAGGUGUGGCAUUUCAUGCUCCAGUAUUUGGAUACCUGCGAAGCCCGGGGCCUCGAUCUGGCCGAAUGUCUCUCGAUGCUGUUUCAAUUGAGCUUUUCCACGCUGGGUCGUGAUUACAGCUCGGAGGGAUUGAGCCAGGGCUUGCUGACGUUCCUACAGCAUCUGCGAGAAUUCGGACUAGUUUAUCAGCGCAAAAGGAAAGAAGGUCGAUUCUAUCCCACCAGACUGGCCCACAAUAUAACGUCAAAGAAUGCGGUUCAAACGAUUCAGGAAGACGGAAGUUCCGUCCAAGACAAGGGUUACAUUAUUGUGGAGACAAAUUACCGGGUGUAUGCCUACACCGAUUCUAACCUGCAGGUGGCCUUGCUGGGAUUGUUCACCGAACUCUUAUAUCGCUUCCCGAAUCUGGUGGUUGGCGUUUUGACAAGAGAUUCAGUUCGGCAGGCUUUCCGAGGUGGUAUCACGGCCGAACAAAUCAUCAGUUAUCUGGAGCAGCAUGCACAUCCAACGAUGCUGAACAUGGAGCAAGCAAUCAAUUCCAAGUCCCCUCUACCGCCGACCGUCGUGGACCAAAUCAAGCUGUGGGAAAACGAGCGGAAUCGGUUCACCUAUACCGAAGGAGUGGUGUACAACCAGUUCCUGUCCCAAGGAGAUUUCAACACCCUGCGAGACUACGCUCAAUCGAUCGGGGUAAUGACCUGGCAGAACGAGCGAACCCGUACCAUGGUAGUGACCAAAAAUGGCCACGACGACGUGAAGCGAUUCUGGAAACGGUAUUCCAAGGGAGGAAGCUAGUUUCUCUGAUGGGAUGGGGAGAGGCAGAGGACAUUACUAUAGACAUAAGUUGUUAGAAUAAGUUGUUUAUUUCCGCUCCAAUAAACUCAUUUACA